ACCACAGCAACUACAUCUCCAACAUCAGCAACUACAGUCCCAUCUACAACAACUACAGCUCCAACUACAGCCCCAACUACAGCAACUACAGCUCCAAACACAGCAACUACAACUCCAACCACAGCAACUACAGCUCCAAUCACAGCAACUACAGUCCCAACUACAACAACUACAGCUCCAACCACAGCAACUACAGCUCCAACCACAGCAACUACAGUUCCAACAUCAGCAACUACAGCUCCAACAUCAGCAACUACAGUCCCAUCUACAACAUCUACAGCUCCAACUACAGCCCCAACUACAGCUCCAAACACAGCAACUACAGCUCCCACCACUGCAACUACAGCCCCAACUACAACAACUACAGGUCCAACCACAGGAACUACAGCUCCAACCACAGCAACUACAGCCCACACUACAACAACUACAGCUCCAACCACAGCAACGACAGCUCCAACCACAGCAACUACAGCCACAACUACAAACACUACAGCUCCAUCCACAGCAACUACAGCUCCAACUACAACUACAGCUCCAACUACAGCCCCAACUACAACAACUACAGCUCGAACCACAGCAACUACAGCUCCAACCACAGCAACUACAGCAACUACAGCUCCAAUUACAGCAACUACAGCUCCAAUCACAGCAACUACAGCCCCAACUACAACUACAGCUUCAACCACAGCAACUACAGUCCCAACAACUACAGCUCCAACUACAGCUCCAACUACAGCCCCAACUACAACAACUACAGCUCCAACCACAGCAACUACAGCUCCAACCACAGCAACUGCAGCUCCAACAUCAGCAACUACAGUCCCAUCUACAAUAACUACAGCUCCAAUCACAGCAACUACAGCUCCAACCACAGCAACUACAGUCCCAACUACAACAACUACAGCUCCAACUACAGCCCCAACUAUAACAACUACAGCUCCAACCACAGCAACUACAGCUCCAACCACAGCAACUGCAGCUCCAACAACAGCAACUACAGCUCCAACUACAGCAACUACAGCUCCAACUACAACCCCAACUACAGCAACUACAGCUCCAAACACAGCAACUACAACUCCAACCACAGCAACUACAGCUCCAACUACAGCAACUACAGCUCCAACCACAGCAACUACAGUCCCAACUACAACAACUACAGCUCCA